AUGUGCAACAUCUGCCAGAAGAUCGAAGCCAUCAAGUCAAUCGACUCCAUCCUUCUCAAACCCCUCAAAGUCAUUCUCACCAAAUUACACGAGCGCAUCGAGCCCGAACUGGGAGACUCUUUCCUCCGCCGCGAAGCACGUAUCCACUCCAUCAAGAAGAACAUCCAAUGUCUUGAAAUCGGUCCUUUGAAACCCAUCAUCAAACUCAUCGUGUCUGAUCUCGAUUCCGAGCUCCGUAAACUCGCAGUCAGCAAGGUCGAUCACCCUGCCUAUCGAACUGUUGGAACAUACAACAAUUUAACGACGAAGAUCGGACCGGAUGAUAGCUCUAGUAUUAGAGCAUGGGUGGAAAAUCGAGCUGAAGAAGCUAAAGAAACGAAAGCAGUGAAGAAGAUGGUGGCUUUUCAAGAAAAGUCCAAGACCCAUCGCAGUUUAAGAGCUCAAAAUAUUGCGAGAAUCCAGCAUGAUUCAGUGACAGGACCAAAUUAUGCGGCCGGCCUGGGAUCAUCAACAGAGUCGGAGUAUCUGUCAGGAACGGAUGAUAUGUCAGAGAUCGAUUAUAUGGAGCUUGAUGAUCGGCUACCUGUUCCAGGAGCUGUGGAAUGGUCAACUCAUGUUGUGGAUCAGUGGUUUGAGAAGAAUGGAGAGAAUGUUUUGUUAAGCGAGGGGGCUGUACAGGCUGAGAAUGCACCUAGAAAACAUAGGAAGCAUAGGAAACAUAGGAAGUAUGCGAAGCGGGAGUAG